GUCAAAUAAAAAUUGUUGUGACUGGCUUUUACUUUUACACAUUUCAAUAAUUCCGAAACAUUUACAUAUUUUCUUCGUAAUGAUGAUUAUUUGCCAUCAAAGGAGCAAGUCGAACAUUUUGCCCUAGAUAAUUUGAUUUGUGUAAUUCCGCCAGAAUAUCCCCCACGUGGUGACAACCCUAGUCAACAGAGUUUCCCAACACUGGUUGCGUUGACAUUUUUAAUUGGAAAAAUAAUUCGUUUGAAGAAAACAAGCUGAAUCUGACUCAAUAUGGCCAAUAAAUUCCGGAAUCUGAGCAGCAAGUUGUUCAAUCUGGCCAGGAGCAGCUUCAACAGGACAUCGGUGCGCCCGCGGAUGAGUUUCCCGGGACGUGGAGGCUUUUCCGUCGCUCGUCCCAAGUUGUGGGGCGCCUUGGGAGCCCUAACCGGAGCGGCAGGACUUCUGAUCUAUGCCCUGGAAACCAGUGUGGAUGCCUCUUCGGACUGUGUGCAUCCACCGCAUCAGCACUGGAAUCACUCGGGACUUCUGGCCGCCUUGGACAAGGAGAGCGUGCGCCGGGGAUACUUUGUCUACAAGGAGGUCUGUGCCUCCUGCCACUCCUUGCAGUACAUGGCCUAUCGCAAUCUGGUGGGCGUUUGCAUGACGGAAUCGGAGGCCAAGGCCGAGGCGGAGGCCAUAACCGUGCGAGAUGGCCCCAACGAUGAGGGCGAGUACUUUGAGCGUCCAGGCAAGCUGUCCGAUCAUUUCCCAUCUCCCUAUGCCAACGAGGAGGCAGCCCGUUCGGCCAACAAUGGUUCCUAUCCGCCGGAUCUCAGCUAUAUAGUGUCGGCUCGCAAGGGUGGCGAGGAUUACGUUUUCGCCCUGCUCACUGGCUAUUGCGAUCCUCCAGCCGGAUUCGCUCUACGCGAUGGCCUGUACUUCAAUCCGUAUUUCUCUGGCGGAGCCAUUGCCAUGGCCCAAGCCGUUGAUAACGAGGUGGUCACCUUUGAGGAUGCCAAUGUGGCUGCCUCGGCCCCCCAAAUCGCCAAGGAUGUGUGCGUCUUCCUCAAGUGGACCUCGGAACCGGAGUCGGACGAGCGCCGCCUGCUGCUCAUCAAGGUUACGCUUAUGUCGGCCUUCCUGAUCGGCAUCUCCUACUACAUCAAGCGUUUCAAGUGGUCAACUCUUAAGUCUCGCAAGAUCUUCUUUAUCCCAGAACUGGAGGCCCAGGCCAAAAAGGAGGCGGAGGAGGCCGCCGAAGCCUUGCGCAAGGCUAAGGAGCUGGAGUGCAACAAGUGCGAGAACAAGAAUGAAAAACAGGAAUAAUCUCGGUGUAUUGUCAAAUAAAGAUUUUUGAAUUUCAA